GAGGCGCCCAGCCCUGGUCUCCAUGGCCCUUCCCCAGGGCCAGGCAGAUGGCAGUCUCCCCGCGGGGGACCCCAGCCCCUCUGAGGGCACCCCAGGGCCCAGCCGGGCCCCUGCCAGCCCAGCAGCCAACAGGCGGCGGGCACUCCUCAAGGAACUGGAGGCCCGGGUGCAGGCAGCCUACGGGCAGGACCGGGAGCUGCGGCCAGAGGAGAUCGAAGAGCUGCAGAUCGCCUUCCAGGAGUUUGACCGAGACCGUGACGGCUACAUCGGCUACCGGGAGCUGGGCGCCUGCAUGCGGACCCUGGGCUACAUGCCCACUGAGAUGGAACUCAUCGAGAUUUCACAGCAAAUCAGUGGCGGGAAGGUGGACUUUGAGGACUUCGUUGAGCUGAUGGGCCCCAAGCUGCUGGCGGAGACGGCAGACAUGAUCGGCGUCAGGGAGCUUCGAGAUGCCUUUCGGGAGUUCGACACCAACGGGGAUGGCCGCAUCAGCUUGGGUGAGCUGCGGGCAGCCCUCAAGGCCCUGCUGGGGGAGCGCCUCAGCCAGCGGGAGGUGGACGAGGUCCUCCACGACAUUGACCUCAACGGGGACGGCCUGGUGGACUUUGAAGAGUUUGUGCGAAUGAUGUCUCGCUGAGUCUGCACCGAAGCUGGAGGCAGGAGACGGGACUUGGGACCACAGCCACUGCCUGCCAGCGUGUGCCCGGAAACCCUCUGCUCCCAGUUGACCCUCCCCCCCCCCCCCACCGACCGCCUCCCUACCCUGCCUGUGGGCAACACCCUGUCCCGCCCUCACCCUCACCCCCGCUUCCCCACCAAGCCCCAC